CCAACUGGCAACUACACGCCGCGAUUUUCAAUUGGGGGACUUUCACAUAUCAUGGAAUUAUACGAGGAAACCAGGCUGGACUAAUUCUGUCACUGACCACAUCGCCAGUGUUGUAUUCCCUUCUGCAGAAGGCACACCUUAAAGUGGAGCAAAAUGUCGGACAAAAUGUCUAGUUUCCUCCAUAUUGGGGACAUCUGCUCCCUGUAUGCGGAGGGAUCCACCAAUGGAUUUAUCAGCACUUUAGGUCUGGUGGAUGACCGGUGUGUGGUACAACCAGAAUCUGGAGAUCUAAACAACCCUCCCAAGAAAUUUCGAGACUGUCUGUUCAAGCUGUGUCCAAUGAAUAGAUACUCAGCGCAGAAACAGUUUUGGAAAGCAGCAAAACCUGGUGGAAACAGCACCACAGAUACAGUAUUACUGAACAAACUGCAUCAUGCUGCUGAUCUAGAGAAAAAACAGAAUGAUUCUGAAAACCGAAAGCUGCUAGGAACGGUGAUACAGUAUGGAAAUGUUAUUCAGCUGUUGCAUUUGAAAAGCAAUAAGUAUCUCACAGUGAAUAAACGGUUGCCUGCCUUGCUGGAGAAGAACGCCAUGCGUGUGACGCUGGACUCAGCUGGGAACGAGGGCUCCUGGUUCUACAUUCAGCCAUUCUACAAGCUCCGCUCCUUAGGAGACAGUGUUGUAAUUGGGGAUAAAGUGGUUUUGAAUCCCGUAAACGCUGGACAGCCUCUCCAUGCCAGUAGCCAUCAAUUGGUUGACAAUCCUGGCUGCAAUGAGGUGAACUCUGUGAACUGCAACACUAGCUGGAAGAUUGUUUUAUUUAUGAAAUGGAGCGACAACAAGGAAGUCAUUCUUAAAGGGGGUGAUGUGGUGCGGUUAUUCCAUGCUGAGCAGGAGAAGUUUCUCACUUGUGAUGAGCACAGGAAGAAGCAGCAUGUGUUUUUGCGUACCACCGGCCGCCAGUCCGCCACCUCUGCUACCAGCAGUAAAGCAUUGUGGGAAGUGGAGGUGGUUCAUCAUGAUCCAUGUCGUGGUGGCGCCGGCUACUGGAACAGUCUUUUCAGGUUUAAACACUUGGCCACUGGACACUAUCUGGCAGCUGAGGUAAACCCUAACUAUGAGGGAGAGUCCCAGGAAUCGCGUUCAUCUGUGGUGGAUUUUUCAAUCUUUAACUUUCAGCUGGACUUGGAACAUGAAGCCCUACGAUCACGUCUGCGCACGCCAAACGAAAAGGUCAUGUACACUCUUGUUUCCGUUCCCGACGGUAGUGACAUCUCCUCCAUAUUUGAGUUGGACCCAACCACGCUCAGAGGAGGAGACUCCCUGGUACCCAGGAACUCUUAUGUGAGACUAAGGCACCUGUGUACCAGUACAUGGGUCCACAGCACCAACAAUCCCAUCGACAAAGAAGAAGAGAAGCCAGUUAUGCUACGGAUUGGUACAUCUCCUAUCAAAGAAGAUAAAGAGGCAUUUGCCAUUGUGCCUGUCCCUCCUGCAGAGGUGAGGGACUUAGACUUUGCCAAUGAUGCUAGUAAAGUACUGGCAUCCAUCGCCGGCAAACUGGAGAAGGGCACGAUCACUCAAAAUGAGAGAAGGUUUGUCACUAAGCUUCUAGAAGACCUUGUGUUUUUCGUGGUGGACAUUCCCAAUAAUGGACAGGAUGUGUUGGAGAUCAUGGUCAAUAAACCUAACCGUGAAAGGCAGAAACUCAUGAGAGAGCAGAAUAUCCUAAAACAAAUCUUCAAGCUGCUUCAGGCUCCAUUCACAGACAGUGGUGACGGCCCAAUGUUACGCCUAGAAGAGCUGGGUGAUCAAAGACACGCCCCCUUCAGGCACAUCUGCAGGCUGUGUUACCGUGUGCUGCGGCAUUCACAGCAGGACUACAGGAAGAACCAGGAAUAUAUUGCAAAGCAAUUCCGCUUCAUGCAGAAACAGAUUGGCUACGACGUGUUAGCUGAGGAUACAAUAACGGCCCUUCUACAUAACAACCGCAAGCUCUUGGAGAAACACAUCACAGCAGCAGAAAUUGACACAUUUGUCAGCCUUGUGAGGAAAAACCGUGAGCCAAGGUUUCUAGACUACCUAUCGGAUCUGUGUGUGUCCAUGAACAAGUCCAUUCCAGUCACCCAGGAGCUCAUCUGUAAUGCAGUCCUGAACCCCACCAAUGCAGACAUCCUUAUAGAGACCAAGCUUGUGCUGUCUCGGUUCGAGGUGGAGUCAGGAGAAGGUCCUGUGGAGUCGGAGGAGGAUGAGGAGGAGGUGUGGUUGUUUUGGAAGGACAGUAAUAAGGAGAUCAGGAGUAAGAGCGUCAGAGAGCUGGCACAGGAUGCCAAAGAGGGCCAGAAAGACGACCAGGAAAUCAUUAGCUACUACAGAUACCAGCUGAACCUGUUUGCCCGAAUGUGUUUGGACCGUCAGUAUUUGGCCAUUGAGAAGAUCUCCGGCGAGCUUGAUGUGGAUCUGAUCCUGCGCUGCAUGUCUGAUGAAGAUCUUCCCUUUGACCUGCGUGCCUCAUUCUGCCGGCUGAUGCUGCACAUGCAUGUGGACCGAGACCCUCAGGAACAGGUCAUGCCUGUGAAAUAUGCCAGGCUGUGGUCUGAGAUACCCUCCAAAAUCGCCAUUGAUGAUUAUGAUAAUGAUGGAACCAGUAGAGAUGAGAUAAAGGAACGUUUUGCGCUCACUAUGGACUUUGUGGAGAACUACCUCAGGGAUGUGGUGUGUCAAAAUGUUCCUUUCGCCAAUAAAGAGAAAAACAAAAUCACUUUUGAGGUUGUGAAUUUAGCCAGAAACCUAAUUUACUUCGGCUUUUACAACUUCAGUGACCUAUUGCGUUUGACCAAGAUCCUGUUGGCGAUAUUAGACUGUGUUCACGUCAGCACCAUCUAUCCCAUCAACAAAAUGGAAAAGGGGGAUGAGUCUAAAAGUAGCAAUGUAAUGAAAUCCAUCCAUGGUGUUGGGGAGCUGAUGACCCAGGUGGUGCUAAGAGGGGGAGGGUUCUUACCCACAACCACCACAACACCUCCAGAUGGUGAUGUUGUCAAGACUCAGACAGAACCAGAAAAGGAAGAUAUUCUGGUGAUGGACACCAAGCUGAAGAUCAUAGAGAUCCUACAGUUCAUUCUGAAUGUGCGACUGGACUACAGGAUCUCCUGCUUGCUGUGUAUCUUCAAACGUGAGUUUGAAGAGAGCAACACUCAAACGGAUGCCGUUCCAACAGCAAAUGCAGAAGGGCCUAACAAUAUCCCUGCUCUGGAUUUUGAGAACAUUGAAGAGCAAGCAGAAGCAAUCUUUGGUGGAAGUGAGGAGAACACACCACUGGAUCUUGAUGACCAUGGUGGCAGAACAUUUUUGAGGGUUCUGCUGCACCUCACCAUGCACGACUAUCCUCCACUUGUGUCAGGAGCUCUGCAUUUGCUCUUCAGACACUUCAGCCAGAGGCAGGAAGUGCUCAUGGCUUUCAAACAGGUCCAGCUUCUGGUAACCAGUCAGGAUAUCGACAACUACAAGCAGAUCAAAUCAGACCUUGACCAGCUGAGAUCCAAUGUGGAAAAAUCAGAGCUCUGGGUGUACAAGAGACAGGGUGAUGAAGGCAUGGACACAGGGGAUGGACUUCCUGCAGAGUCCGACCACAAAAACAAGAAGGAAUCUUGUUCGGACAAAAAAAAGUCAGACGGAAAUGGCAGUGACAAUUAUAGAGACGUGAAGGAGAUUCUCUUGCGUCUCAGUAAACUAUGUGUACAGGAAGGACCGUCUGGGAAGAAAAGUAAGAAACAGCAGCAGAGGUUGCUGAGGAACAUGGGAGCUCAUUCAGUGGUGCUUGAGCUGCUGCAAAUCCCUUAUGAGAAGGGCGAAGAUGUAAGAAUGCAAGAGAUCAUGAAACUGGCACAUGAGUUUCUUCAGAACUUCUGUGCUGGCAAUCAGCAGAACCAAGCCCUGCUCCACAAACACAUUAACCUGUUCCUGAAUCCUGGGAUCCUAGAGGCCGUAACCAUGCAACACAUAUUCAUGAACAACUUUCAGCUCUGCUCUGAGAUGAAUGAGCGUGUGGUGCAGCACUUUGUCCACUGCAUAGAGAGCCAUGGCAGACACGUGCAGUACCUGAAGUUCCUACAGACGAUCGUCAAAGCUGAAAACAAAUUUAUCAAGAAAUGCCAGGAUAUUGUAAUGGCCGAGUUGGUGAACUCUGGGGAAGAGGUUUUGGUCUUUUAUAAUGACCGCGCCUCAUUCCAGACUCUGGUCCAGAUGAUGCGGUCAGAGCGUGAACGGAUGGAUGAGAACAGCCCUCUCAUGUACCAUAUCCACCUGGUAGAGCUGCUUGCUGUCUGCACCGAGGGCAAAAACGUCUACACUGAGAUCAAGUGCAACUCUCUUCUGCCGCUGGACGAUAUUGUCCGUGUGGUAACGCAUCAAGACUGCAUCCCUGAGGUGAAAAUCGCCUACAUCAACUUCCUGAACCACUGCUAUGUGGACACUGAGGUCGAAAUGAAGGAGAUAUACACCAGCAAUCACAUGUGGAAGCUCUUUGAGAACUUCCUGGUCGACAUCUGCAGGGUCUGCAACAAUACAAGCGACCGCAACCAUGCUGACACGACUUUAGAACGCUAUGUGACUGAAACCGUGAUGAGUAUUGUGACGACAUUUUUCAGCUCCCCUUUCUCCGACCAGAGCACAAGUUUACAGACCCGGCAGCCUGUGUUUGUUCAACUUCUUCAGGGGGUUUUUAGAGUUUAUCACUGUAACUGGCUCGUCCCUGCUCAGAAAGCCUCAGUAGAGAGCUGUAUCAAGGUUUUGUCUGAUGUGGCUAAGAGCAGAGCGAUAGCCAUUCCUGUAGAUCUGGACAGCCAAGUAAACAACCUGUUUGUGAAGUCCAACAAUGUGGUUCAGAAGACCAUCCUCAAUUGGAGGAUUUCGGCUCGCAACGCCUCUAGAAGAGAUUCAACGCUUACAACUUCAAAAGAUUACAGGAACAUCAUUGAGAGGCUGCAGGACAUUGUAUCAGCUCUGGAGGAUCGUCUACGGCCUCUGGUACAAGCUGAGCUCUCAGUGUUGGUGGACGUACUGCAUCGCCCAGAACUGCUCUUCCCAGAGAACACAGAUGCCCGGCGGAAAUGCGAGAGUGGAGGCUUCAUCUCUAAAUUAAUUAAACACACUAAACAGCUUUUAGAGGAGAAUGAAGAGCGUUUGUGUAUAAAGGUUCUGCAGACGCUCCGAGAAAUGAUGACUAAAGACCGUGGCUAUGGGGAAAAGCUGAUUGCCUUUGAUGAUGAGUUGGAUGUGGCUGAGCUUGCACCCCCACCAGAACCAGAGGUCCCGGCAGAGGAGUUUGAUCCAAACCAGCCCCAGAAGCUUCUUGAGGAUCAGAGAAGGGGUGAAGCUUUGAGGCAAGUCCUGGUGAACCGUUACUAUGGCAACUUUAAGCCGGGAGGCAGGCGAGACAGUGUGACCAAUUUCAGCAAUGGGCCACUCAGCCCCGGGGGACAGACCAAAGCUCCUUCAGGUGGUGGUGGGGGUUCAGGGAGCAAUCGUGGGGAGAUAUGCCUGGCAGAGGUGCAGUGUCACUUGGAUAGGGAGGGCGCAUCUGACCUCGUCAUUGACCUUAUUAUGAAUGCCACGAGUGACCGAAUCUUCCAGGAAAGCAUUCUGUUGGCAAUCGCUUUGCUAGAGGGAGGAAACCCAGUCAUACAGCGGUCGUUUUUCUGCCGUCUGACAGGUGACAAUAAGUCAGAGAAGUUCUUUAAAGUGUUUUACGAGCGGAUGAAGCUUGCCCAACAAGAGAUCAAGGCAACUGUGACGGUGAACACAAGUGAUCUGGGUAGCAAGCGCAAAGACGAGGACGCCAACGACAAGGACACCCAAACACGCAAGAAAGUGAAGGAAGUUGCCGUAGUAACCGAAGAAGUGCGGGAGCAGCUUCUGGAAGCCUCUACGGCCACCAAGAAGGCCUUUACUACAUACAGACGAGAGGCGGAUGCCGACGAACAUCUGAAUGUGGCAGAGGGCCAGGCUAGCACGGCCGAUAAGAACCAGGAUGACAAUGAGAUGAGCGUGAUAAUCACGAUUAUGCAGCCAAUUCUGCGCCUCAUGCAGCUGCUGUGCGAGAACCACAACCGUGAACUGCAGAACUUCCUUCGCUGUCAAAACAACAAAAACAACUACAACCUGGUGUGCGAGACACUGCAGUUCCUGGAUUGUAUAUGUGGCAGCACUACAGGGGGCCUGGGCCUGCUGGGGCUUUAUAUUAAUGAGAAGAAUGUCGCUCUCAUUAACCAGACUGUAGAGAGCCUGACCGAGUACUGCCAGGGCCCUUGCCAUGAGAACCAGAACUGUAUCGCCACACAUGAAUGUAAUGGCAUCGACAUCAUCAUUGCUCUCAUCCUAAAUGACAUCAACCCUCUCGGGAAGAAGCGGAUGGACCUCGUACUGGAGCUCAAGAAUAAUGCUUCAAAACUGUUGCUGGCCAUCAUGGAAAGCCGCCACGACAGUGAGAACGCGGAGAGGAUUUUGUAUAACAUGAGGCCAAAAGAACUGGUGGAGGUGAUCAAGAAGGCCUACUUACAGGGAGAGAUCGAGGUAGAACACAAUGAUGAUGAAGAAAAUGGUGAGGAAGAGCAUGCUGCCUCACCUCGUAAUGUGGGUCACAACAUCUACAUCCUGGCCCAUCAGCUAGCCAGACACAACAAAGAACUCCAGGCCAUGCUGAAGCCUGGAGGUACGUACGGGGAGGGUGAUGAAGCUUUGGAGUUCUAUGCCAAACACACGGCUCAAAUCGAGAUCAUUCGUCUGGAUCGCACAAUGGAGCAGAUUGUGUUUCCCGUCCCCAACAUAUGCGAGUUCCUAACCCAGGAGUCCAAGUUACGCGUUUAUUACACCACAGAGCGCGACGAACAGGGCAGCAAGAUCAAUGACUUUUUCCUGCGCUCUGAAGACCUCUUCAAUGAGAUGAACUGGCAGAAGAAGCUGCGAGGUACUCAAGAGGCCUCUGGUAACGCAAACUCUGUGCCUUCUCAGCCCAUCCUGUACUGGUGUUCCCGUAACAUGUCCUUCUGGAGCAGCAUCUCCUUCAAUCUGGCCGUCCUCAUGAACCUGUUGGUGGCAUUCUUUUAUCCUCUGGAAGGAGUUCGUGGAGGCACCCUGGAGCCACACCUAUCUGCAUUGCUGUGGGCGGCCAUGUUGGUGUCACUGGCAAUCGUUAUAGUGCUGCCGCAGCCUCAUGGCAUUCGAGCACUCAUCGCCUCCACCAUACUGCGCCUCAUCUUUUCGGUGGGCCUGGAGCCCACUCUGUUCCUGCUUGGGGCCUUCAAUGUGUGCAAUAAAGUGAUAUUUCUCAUGAGUUUUGUGGGAAAUCGCGGUACGUUUACUCGUGGCUAUAAGGCCAUGAUUAUGGAUGUGGAGUUCCUGUAUCAUCUGCUGUACCUCAUUAUAUGUAGCCUUGGAGUCUUUGUCCAUGUCUUCUUCUACAGCCUGCUUCUCUUUGACCUGAUUUACCGAGAGGAGACUCUACUAAACGUCAUCAAGAGCGUAACCAGGAACGGCCGCUCAAUUGUUCUGACCGCCGUACUGGCUCUUAUCCUUGUCUACCUCUUCUCCAUUGUUGGUUAUAUCAUCUUCAAGGAUGACUUCAUUCUGACCGUGGAUAGGAUAUCCAAUAAAACACUUGAGCAAUCUACCGGUAAGAUGGGAGAGUUUUUGACAGGCGCAGUAUGUCGGAAAGAAGAAAACUGUUCCACGGAGACCAUGAUGGAUGCUGUGGGGGUGCAACCAGCAGCCAUCGUGAUCGAGGAUAAGGAAAGGACAUGUGACUCACUGCUCAUGUGCAUCGUUACCGUGUUGAGCCAUGGCCUGCGGAGUGGGGGUGGUGUCGGAGAUGUUCUGCGGAAACCUUCUAAAGAGGAACCGCUGUUUGCAGCCCGUGUGAUCUACGACCUUCUCUUCUUCUUUAUGGUCAUCAUCAUUGUCCUCAAUCUCAUUUUUGGAGUCAUCAUUGACACCUUUGCUGACCUGAGAAGUGAAAAGCAAAAGAAAGAAGAGGUGCUAAAAACAACCUGCUUUAUUUGUGGUUUGGAGCGGGACAAGUUUGACAACAAAACGGUGACAUUUGAGGAGCAUAUUAAGGUGGAGCACAACAUGUGGCAUUACCUUUUCUUCAUCGUGCUGGUGAAAGUGAAAGACUCCACAGAGUUCACAGGGCCAGAGAGCUACGUGGCCGAAAUGAUCCGGGAGCACAACUUGGACUGGUUUCCACGGAUGCGGGCCAUGUCGUUGGUUAGCAGUGAUGCAGAGGGUGAACAGAAUGAGAUCAGAAACCUACAGGAAAAACUUGAAUCCACCAUGAAGCUUGUCUCCAACCUGUCAUGCCAACUCACUGAACUUAAAGAACAGAUGACAGAGCAAAGGAAACAGAAACAGAGGAUUGGGCUUUUGGGACACCCCCAACACAUGAACGUCAACCCCCAGCAACCCGCCUGAACCCCUCUACACUGGCAAAGUGUCCUAAAGCCAUCUUCUGAAAACAUUCCAUCAGCCUAUGUGUGUGUGUGUGUGUGUGAGUGAAUGUACAAGUGUAAAUUAAUGUGUGCGUCAAAACAUUACAGAUACGUAGUCACCACUACUUGCUGUGUAUACUGAAAAAUAAAUAAUUCUAGACCACCAGGGAAGUAUAAAAGACUCUUGCCCCCUUCUUCGCAAUCAAUUUGAGUGCCAAAUGUUUCUGCGUGUUACAGAGGAAGUCACUUUGCAUCAUUUGGCCUCCACUGGCUGAAAAUGACUUGCAGAGCUACGCUAGAUUCUGCACAACUGCAAAAAUGUGGUGCAGCUAGUAGAUGCUGCUUGGACACUGUCAAGACGCAUCUUUUUUGUAUUGACCCAUAGCAGUAUAGCAGUCAGUAUUUGAUGUCUUAUUUUUGUAUUUUGUGCAAUAUUAAUACUUUAAUAUGCAACGAUACUGUAAAUUGUGUCUUAAAGGGAAGGUGCGGUAAUUAUUCAUUCCUUUUGCUUUAUGAUAGAGGCCAGGUACUUGUAGGAGUUCUGUAUGUGAAGUCAAGUUUAAUGUGACUUUAAAUACAUUAUAUUUAUAUAAAAAAUACAGCCUUUUCUUUCCUAAUUUAAUUUAUAUUAACAUUAAAAAACGCUUAAUAGAGAUGAUGCGUAUGCUGCCACAUUAGAUUUCUCUAAAAUUCUUAGAUAAGUCAGGUUAUGUGUUGUUAUUUAGGAGCUCAUUAAUACGAUUUAUAUUUUCAUUUGCUUUUUGUGAAUGCUGUUGGAUCUAUAAACUUAGGAGUCAUGUACUGAGUAUUAAUAAAUGAUUUUUUUAGGCAAGUAAGGUUUGCUAAUAAGGUUUGUUUGAAAAUCCAAUGUAAUUACUGCACUAUAAAUGAACUGAACUCAUAUCAUUCAUGUUAUUAUAGAUAGAUGUUAACUGUGCCUGUUGUAUGUUCCUUUACUUCAAAAGGUGAUGUACCAGAUUAAUAUCUGGUACUUCAUCUUUGUUGAGUUUUCUAGAUUUCUCUGUAAUUUCUUCCAUUUUUCUAGACAAUUUCAUCUUUUAGCUGAGCAAGCAGGUCACUUUCUUGAUACUAUGGAGUUUGUUUAAUUUAUUAUAAUUUUUCUUGUAAUACAUGUAUAUAUGUCUGCCAAGUCUUGCUUUUAUAUAGAGAGACACAUUUUCAUAGCAUACUAAUAAUUAACAGCACUGUACUGAGAAAUCUACUUCUGAUUUAAUAGAUUAAAGACAUAGAAUUCAAUGAGAUUGUAAAUUAAGUGAUAUUUAAUAAAAUAUGUAUUUCUUGUUGAAAGG